CGACCUUGAUGACGAAGCAGCCCGCUUACGACCUCGCCCAAGUGCAAGCGCGCGUCAGCGGUAUGACAUCCCCGAUGUCGUUCGAGAAGGUCAUGACGUUGAGCAACGGUUGGACCACCGACGUGCCGCUGCCUGCCCAGGCCGAGCUCAUUCGCAUCUCGAAGCUCUCGAGUGACGGCUUUGUCGUCGACGCCAACUCGGCUCUUGCGUUCCUCACGCCAAGCGGUAGCGCAGCCAUGGAGAUCGAACACCUCCUCGACGCGGCCAACGUCGAUCGAACGAGUGAGGUCUGCAGCGUCGCCGACGGCAACUACGUUCUCACGCGCUGUGGGUUCAAGGCCGUCCUGCACGCACUCGACAACGAACCACUCGAGACGUUCUAUAACCGUGUGUGUGCUUUGCGCGAGAUUACGACUGCCCACAACGCCAUGUUGAACGCCAACAUGACUCCUAGUAUCAAGCCCGAGAUCGUACUGCUGGCAGCAAGCCCCAUUCACCAGGACAGUGGCAUGGCUGGUGCUCGCAUUGACGACCCGAUUCUACUCGACUCGGAUGACGAACCGAUUCUUCUCGACUCGGAUGACGUACUGCUGGCAGCAAGCCCCAUUCACCAGGACAGUGGCAUGGCUGGUGCUCGCAUUGACAACCCGAUACUUCUCGACUCGGAUGACGACGACGAUGUCGUGAUGGACGAUGGUCAUAGCGACGAUACCGCGGUUGUCAUCGACUGCGAGGCGGUCACGAUCGACGAGGCGUCGUCGUUGGCAUCACCAGCUGUCGCCAAGUCGGCUUCAAAUGACGUACCGGCGUCUGGGUUUGGUGCGCUCGGUGUCGUGACGUGGAGCGCUCUCGAGCUUGAGACGUUUCAUGCAAUCAACGUUGACGUGUGCGGGGUUGAAGAUGCGCUAAACGAAGCCGCCGACGACGUGGGCGCCAAUGACGCAGCUUCGCGAAACGCCGCACUCGCUCGCGUCCACGACUUGCAGCAUACGCUGGCGCCACUGUACGCCCAGCGUGACGACGCGCUCGUGGCGCUCUACCGCGGCGAGCCGUCGCUUCGUGCGCGUAUUGAUGUGUGGAACCAGUUGCAGCUGCCCGACAUCCCCGACUUGACGCACGGCGCCUUCCGUCGUCUUCGCGCGAUCGCGAUUGGACUGGCCAAGCGCGCCUCGCCACACUCGCCCAGCGCGAUGGCGGCUCUCUUGCGCGACCAGCAGAGCGAGCUCAUGCGGCUUCUUGUCGUGUGUCGUCGGCUUCGCUCGCCACUGCUCUGGACAAAGGGCCCGUCUGUGUUUUGCUAAGUGUCUUCCGCUGGAGUACGUCGGUAGUCGUUGCUUCUUAUGAAUGCACCCUUCGCGUCUUGCUCUUGG